CAUUAUGACAAAAAUGGCUGCACCCAUGACAGUGCCAUCGCAUCAUAUCAAAAGAGAUGUUGCUCCAAAUAGGCCUGCUUACAGAGAAGGUAGAUUCCCAAAGGCUACGAAAGUGUACACAGUCAAUCAAGAGUCGGUGUACUUGAUUGUGCAAGGAGUACCAGCUUUGGGAACCAGUCAAGACCUAAUUAAAUUAUUUGCUGUGUAUGGAGCUAUUGAAGAAUAUAGAAUUCUAGAUGAAUAUCCAACAUCUGACAAGUACACGGAUGUCUAUCUCAUCAAGUUCCAGAAAAUUCAAGCAGCAAGGUUUUCCAAAAGGAAACUCGAUGAUUAUUCAUUGUAUGGAGGUGUGUUGCACAUCAGUUAUGCUCCAGAAUUUGAGAGUGUUGAAGAAACGCGACAAAAGUUACAAGAGAGAAGAAGGACAUUGGCAUCCAGGAUUAGGAUCUUAGAUGCUGAAACACAGAAGAAAAAUACUGGAAAAGAUGGACCUGCAGCUGAAAUAGAUCACCAUGACACCCCACAAAUCCAAGAUACGAAAGCCAGAAUUUCUGAAAAUACUGAAUUACCUUUUAAUCCUGAUUCAAGCUCACAGGUUUCACAGAUAUGUUUACAAACAGAUUCUGAUUAUCAGGUCACACAGCCAGAGCAGUGCUAUCACAUUCCUCCCCCACCCAAACAAGAUUAUGGUUCCAAAUUUUCCAGUGCCUUGCAGUCAAAGAGGAUCUAUGAAUAUGCCAGAGUCCCGUCUUCUCAUGCUACUUUACCCAGAGAGAUAAAUGAAGAUCAUAGAGAACCUGUUAGGAAGGAAUAUGAUGGCAAUGACUAUAAACAACAAACAAUGAGAAAUAAUUCAAAAGUGGAUAUUCAACAAAAUGUACCCUGUGAAUCAAAACCGUGUGAUGAAACUGAGAAACAGAGUGAAGUUAGAACUGUGAAUGGAUUGAUUGUGAAAAAUAUUCCACAACAGAGAUCCACCCCUAAAUUUAUACCAAGACAAACUCUGAACAUCGUCAAAACUCAACUGAAGCCGAGCACAGAGGACGGUAUAACCCAGGACCCUCUCAGGUCAGAAUUACAAAGGAAUGCAUUUCUGCUUGGAAAGAAACAUGGACCUGAGACAAGGGGUGAGAGGAGGGCAGAGGUCAGCGCAGAGGACAAGUCUAUGAACAACACUGUCUCACAAAUCAGGAAAAGGGUUCAAAAGGUUUUUGAGCCCAGUAUAUAUGAAAAGAAAGAAAAACAGAAGAAACCAAAUGAAACAAAUGAAGAAAAUACACUGAAAUAAAUUAAAGGAAAUGUG